AUGUCAACUACUCACGAUUCCCCACCACCCAUUCCGCCAAAGCCUAAUAAUACACCAGACAGGGGUUCGAAAGUUGGUAAUGUUACCAACAUUGAUCAAUUACUAAAUUUGAUUGAUAAUGAACUCGGCAAUUCUCGUUCUGAAGACGAAACUUGGAAUCAAGCAACAGUAAGACAGCCAGCUCCUGUAGAUCCAAAACAUCAAGCUAUGCCGUUAAAUAUAAAUACAAGCACACAUUUUUCUGAAACUACGAAUACCGCAAGUUCGAUGCGGCCACAUCUAAUGCAACCUCAACACGCAACGACAGCAUAUAAUUAUGGCAGCAGAGCGUAUACCGGACCUUAUUAUUCGUCAUAUCCUCGUGACCUAACUUCUCAAGGAUGGCCCGCUCAGGCUCCGGCUUAUCCGCCAAACUCUAAUAUAAGGCCUUUACCUAAUCCGCCUUCGAAUACAGCCUAUCCUUCUCAUAAUCAAUCUGUUCGAUAUUCUCAAAACAUGUAUCCAUAUGGAACCCCUUACGUACCUCCGACGACAAAUGUACCAACAGCAAUGCCCGCGUAUCCUGUAAUGCCCGAUUAUCAUAAAUAUAUAGAUAAGUCUACGGGACCACAGCAUGUUCAACAUAUUGAUCAAAACAUCCAACCACGAAGGAGUCCUCAACAACCUACACAGCCCGUAUACCCACAGGAAUUGCCUUAUGAUGCAUAUCCAACCGAUUUUACACAUAAUUAUACACAAUCAUCUAGCCAUGCACCUAAUAUGUGGGCGUCGACUACUCCGCAAAUGACGUCAAUACAGUCCAUAAGUGUAAUACCAGAAGUCAAAAAACCACAUUCGGCUAACCCUCGACCGUUUAAUCCCGCAUUAUUAUCGUGUAUAGCACUAGCAUUUCGGACUAAUAUUAAUUUGGGGACUCAUACGAAGGGUGCAUUAGAAUAUCCAGAAAGCUUUACCGGCAAAGACGCUGUGAGCACUAUACACUCCCUUGUUCAGCAUGAAGUGUCCGAUAUUUCUCGUCAUAUUGCGUUGUCAAUGGCUCGUUCAUUGGAAGCCCAACUUUAUUUUCAUUCAGUCUACUGGGCCAAUGUUACUGUAAUUAAAGACACAGAAGAUGAAGUUUACGUAUUCCUAAACCCGGAUCCUGAAACUCCCACAACUGUCGAACUGGAUGAAGAUUUUCCAACAGGAGUUUUUCCUAUUAUUGCAAAAUGCUAUAGUCCUCGUUGUAGUAUUGAUGGUAAAGGUUGUUAUUCUAGGACUUGUCCCAAUUAUGUUCCAGGAGUGGACGAAAAACCACCAGAUCCUUCUAUGAGAAGACCAGAAAGCUUGACGCCUAUUGAUGUUGUAGAAACUCCGACUCAGGACCGUACAUGGGUCGGAUCUGUAUCGAAAGAAAUCUUGGAGUCUCUUAGCAAAGAAGAAAUAAAACGUCAAGAAAUUAUUUUUGAAACAAUAUAUACAGAAGAAGAUUAUGUGAAGGACUUAGAUCUCAUAGAAGAGCUUUAUAUAAAGGGACUUUAUACAGCUUCACCGCAAGUUAUUCCUCCACCUCAACUUGAAGGCUUCAUUCAAGAAAUUUUCUUUAACGUCUUAAAAAUUCGUGACCACAAUCGAAAAAUGCUUGAACAACUACAAAGGCGACAAAAGGAAGAUCCAGUGGUGAAAGUUAUAGGGGACAUAUUUUUUGCUUGUGCGGUAGAAUUUGGUAAUGAUUAUAUAGAUUACAACGGACAUUUUCCCAUCGCUGACAAUCUUAUUAAGGCUACUAAAUUAAGGAAUCCUGAAUUUAAAAGAUUCUUGGAGCAAUGUUCACGGUCGAAAGAAGCUCGCAGACUUGAUUUUCGUCAUUUCAUACAACGUCCAACUACACGUUUACAACGAUAUACAUUAUUAAUUGAACAGAUUAAGAAGCAUACACCAGAUAAUAACAAAGAUAAAGAAUAUCUUGACGAUGCUCUGCAAACAAUUCGUCAACAGUGCGUUGUAAGCGAUAAUAGAGUUCACGAAGCCGAAAAUCGUCUGAAGAUAUUGGAAAUUGAACGUAAAUUGGUCAAAAAAGAUGGAGGACCUUGCAAUGAGCUUAAUCUUUCCGAUCCAAAUCGACAACUUUUAUUCAAGGGUGAAUUACAAAAGAGAACUAAUCUUGAUAAACAGGAUUUAUUAGUAUUUCUCUUUGAUAAUUAUUUGGUCAUGACAAAGGAAAAGAAAGGACCUGAUGGCGAGAUGAAAUAUUUUAUAUCAAAAAAGCCUAUUCCUUUAAGUUUCCUUAUUAUAGAUACUCCUAGCGAAACCCCACAAGCAAGGACUGCAACGUUUCAUAUCAAUAUUAAACAACUUGAUAAAGUUCGGACAAGAACUAAUAGUACAAUGCAAUCUCCUAACUCACCACAAGUUGUUACUGAUCUUGAAGGUCAAGACAGCACUUAUGGUCGAUAUCCGUUCACUAUCCUUCACAUUGGACGACAUGGAGGUCAAUAUCAAUUAUUUGCUGAUUCAGCGAAUACACGGAGACUAUGGAAAGAUAGAAUACAAGACGCACAAACCAAGCUUUUAUCGAACGAUGCUGUUAAUAAACAGAUAUUUGAAGUAUUUACAUUAAAUGAUUGUACCUUCGUAAGUGGUGUAUCUUCAGCCAAUGCUGGAACAUCAGGAACAUCUAUAUCAAGAAGCAAAGUGACUUGUUCCGUACCCUUCGUUACAGCAGAGAAACGUAACAUGGUCGCUAUUGGAGCUGAAGAUGGUGUUUGGAUGGGAUUCGGAGGAGAAGUGGGGACUUUCAAGCAAGUUUUAACUGUCAGUAAUGUGACCCAGAUGGCAGUUCUUGAGGAUUUUGGAAUAUUUGUCGUGUUAUGUGAUAGGACACUCUGGGCAUUUUCUCUGGAAGCUAUAAUACCAUCAUCAUCUUCAAGUGGAAAUUCCAACCAACCGUAUCGCCAACGCCUGAGUGCUGGUAACAAUGUCCAAUAUUUUAAUGUUGGCGUUAUAAAGGAAAGGAAUUCUACAAAGGAAAAAACUUUAGUGGUAUACAUGAAAAAGAGAGGUUUAGAAAGUCACUUUAAGGCUUUGGAGCCUAUAUGCGCUGUUGGUUCAAGUAGUGAUAAAUCAAAAACAUCAUCUUCACGCCGUGGUGCGUUUGCUAAUUUAAUUCAUUCAAAAACUGAAUGGUUCAAGGAGUACAAGCAAUUUUAUAUCCCAUCCGAAUCAUAUUCGGUGAAUUUCCUAAGGUCUAAACUUUGUGUCGUAUGUACACGUGGGUUCGAAAUCGUAAAUUUGGAUACUCUACAAAAUGUAACUAUCCCCGAUGCCGCGGAUCCGUCAUUCGCACAAUUGGGAAAGAGACUAGAAACAUCCAAACCACUUGGAAUGUUUAGGUUGAAUGAUGAUGAAUUUUUAUUAUGCUAUGACGACAUAUUCUUUUACGUUAAUAAACAUGGUGAACUAUCGCGCAAAGAUGUGAUGGAAUGGGAAGGUCAUCCCGAAGCAGUAGCAUUGCAUCUUCCCUAUAUUAUUGGUUUUGAUCCGUUGUUUAUCGAGAUACAUGACGUUGAAACUGGAAAAUUAUUGCAAGUAAUAGCGGGAAAGAACAUGCGAUGUUUGAACGAUAAUUCUUCAGGAAAACACGCAAUACAAGCAGUUAUGCAACAUCCUUAUCAUGAUGCACAAUACAUAUUCCAAUUAGUAGCGGCAGACAUCAGAAGGCAUGAUAGUUAUAGAUCAUCUCGUUAA